CCUAAACCAAUCAUGCGAUUAACCGGACACCAGAGACAAAUAUCUCAUGUUGUCUUUAGUCCUGAUGGAAAGUGGGCCGCUAGUGCUUCAUGGGAUAAUAGUGUGAGGUUAUGGGAUGGUAGAACUGGAAAUGGCGUUGACUGGUUCACCAAUAGAUUUAUCGCUACAUUAAGAGGACACAUAGGUGCUGUCUACCGACUGACUUGGUCUGCGGAUUCAAGGAUGCUGAUAUGGGAUCUCAAAACAUAUAAGCUCAAAACUGAUCUACCAGGUCACGAAGACGAAGUCUACUGCGUAGAUUUUGUUGCUGACAAGAUU